AUGCGACAAUCCGUAGUUCUUCGUCGUUGCGCAGGAUGCUGGAAGGUCCGGCCAAGUCUUGAAACGCAUGGCCUACCAAGAGACCUUAUACGAUGGGCAAGCACGUAUGCAUCGCAUCGUAUACGUGUCUGGAAUGAGUGUGAGAAGAAGCAGUCUACUCUACCAGACGCUCAGGAACCAAUCAACAUCACCUUGCCGGACGGACGAGUUCACGUUGGAAUCAAAGACGUGACUACUCCUCGUCAAGUAUUCAGACCAGAACGAACAGUGAAUGCCGUGUUUGCGAAAAUCGACUCAAAAAUCAGUGACAUUGACGCAACCAUCUCGACAAACUGUCACGUCUCUCUGGUAAAACCCGAUGUAAAAACACCAGAUGCAUUGAUGGGUAUAUGGCAUUCUGGAGCUCAUUUGCUGGGAGCUGCCAUAGAACAAGAGUUUGGUGACGAUGCUCUGUUAGCAGAUGGACCUGCUCUCAAAUCAGGUGGUUUCUACUAUGAUGCCUUACUUCGAAGUAAAGGUACUCUACGUAUAGAACAUAGAUUAAAGGACUGGCAGGAUGGUGCAAUACCAUCAUUGGAGAGAGUCGAAGACGAUAUUCGACAACUGAUGCGACCUGAUCCUGCCAAUGGUGAAAUAUUCGCAGUCACCGAAGCAGACGUAGAAAAGAUAUCUAGGCUCAUGGCUUCUAUCGCUGAACGAAAGACCGCAUUUACUCGACUGGCUAUAUCUCGAAAGGAUGCAUUCCGAAUGUUUGCUUAUUCACCACUCAAGUUAUAUUUCUUGUAUCAAAUACCGCCACAGGAAUCCGUGACUGUAUACAAGCUUGGUGAUUUUAUAGAUUUAUGUAGAGGUCCUCAUGUACAGCAUGCCGGACAGCUGUCUGCCUUCCGACUAAUAUCUAGCAGUGCAGCUAGAUGGGAUGCACAGGAUACCAGCUCAUCAAUACAACCGCUUACCAGAGUUACUGGUAUAGCAUUCCCGCAAGCAAAGGCUCUGGAAGAAUGGGAACUAAAUCAAGCUGAAAUGAAGAAACGAGACCAUCGAGUAGUAGGAAGAGCUCAAUCUCUAUUUAUGCAUCAUCCAUUAGCACCAGGAUCAGCAUUCCUGCUACCACAUGGAGCUAGAAUUGCCCGUCGCAUGAUUGAUUAUAUUCGAUCCGAGUAUAGAGUUUGUGGGUUUUCCGAAGUCGUGACUCCAUUACUGUAUCAUAAAGAGCUAUGGGAGACGUCAGGUCAUUGGGACAAUUAUAGAGAGGAUAUGUUUAUGGUGGGUGGAGUAAAUGAUAUGGAGUCUCGACUAGUGAAGAAUAACAGUGAGAGCGAGGAUGAACACCAUCACCAUCAUCAUUCACAACCUGAGAUACAUGGACUAAAGCCAAUGAAUUGUCCUGGACACUGUCUGCUAUUUCAUACAUCUGCUCAUUCGUAUCGUGAUUUACCUAUUCGGCUGGCGGAGUUCAGUCCUCUCCACAGGAACGAAGUUUCAGGAGCAUUAACAGGAUUAACUCGAGUGCGACAAUUCCAUCAAGAUGACGCCCACAUAUUUUGCACUCCAGACCAAAUCCUGUCUGAGAUUGAGUCGACCUUGGCUCUUAUACACCGGACAUAUACUCGUCUGGGCUUCACAUCGUAUGAAUUGGCCUUGUCCACUAGGCCCACUAAUUUUAUUGGAGACAUUGCACAAUGGGAUGCAGCAGAAAUAGCAUUGCGUAAAGCAUUGGAUAAUACUGGUCGUGAAUGGACUGUCUCGCCAGGAAAUGGUGCAUUUUAUGGUCCAAAGAUCGACAUCACUCUACAAGAUGCUCUAGGACGUACCCAUCAGACUGGGACCGUGCAAUUAGAUUUCCAGCUUCCACAACGCUUUGAUCUUAAAUAUCAGGAUAUCGAUGGUACUAUAAAAACACCCGUCAUAGUGCACCGUGCUGUAAUAGGAUCAGUCGAAAGAAUGCUGGCGGUUUUAACAGAGCAUCAUGGUGGUAAAUGGCCAUUCUGGUUGAGUCCUCGACAGGCUAUAGUGCUACCAGUAAAAGCCGAUGAUAUUGAUUAUGCCGAACAGGUUCGAGAUGCGAUAUCUCAACCUGAUCGUGCAUCGUCUGAUGCUUCAUAUUGGCAUCGAUAUUAUUAUAUUGAUGUGGACAAGACUGAUAAUCUAUUGGCUAAAAAGGUCUUGCUUGCUCAGUCCUCGCAAUUUAAUUUUGCUCUAGUGGUGGGUAAGAAGGAGAGAUUGGCUCAAGCUGUACGUGUACGUAAACGUGGUGGGGAAGACUUGGGGAUGAUGACGGUUGACCAGGUUUUGGCCAUGUUUAGAGAACUUGAAAGCACUUUCAAGUAG